UAAACACGCGUGAGUGACUUAAAAUAAACAUCUUCAUUCUAGGAAGUUAUGGUUAAAACCCUUUUGAACCCCUGUUUUAGUUAAAUAAAAAACCCUUUUCGUUCAAAAAGUUAAAAUAAACCUUUUGGACCGAAGACCCGCUAGGAUUUUAGAAAACAAAUUGUUCAUCUUCUUCAUCGUUUAACAGGGCCACAUCUAUCAUGGUUCUGCUCUUCAAAUUGAAGAACCUCAGAGUGGAUUGUUCUAUAUUUACUUGCACAUUUGCUUCCAAAACUAGAAGCUUUGUGGUUGGAGACCUGAAACCCUCGCAUUUCACUCUUCAUCCUCGGUUUCUUUACAGAUACAUCACCACCGAAAUCUCACCAACCCAAAACGAUUUCACAGUCACUUACCUCAUAAACUCAUGUGGGUUGUCCCCAGAAGAUGCAAUUUCAGCGUCCAAGAUGGUCAAGUUGAAAUCUACAGACAGAGCAGACUCUGUUUUGGCCCUUCUGAGAAGCCAUGGCCUCUCUCAACCCCAAAUCUCUAAGGUUGUCAAGUGUUGCCCAAGAGUUCUUACAUCCUGUCCAGAGAAAACCCUUUCUCCCAAGCUUCAGUUUUUCAGCUCUGUUGGAGUUUCAAGGGAGGACAUUGCAAUAUCUGUGACCGCUAAUCCAUGUCUCUUGACAGUAAGCUUGAGGGAACGGAUUGUACCCACUUAUAAUUUCCUUAGGAGUAUGAUUUCUGAGAAAAAUGUCGUUACUGUUUUCAAGCGCCGGUCACGGGUUUUCUUGGGCAAUCACUGCAAUGAUGUGGUGCCAAAUAUUGGGCUUCUGAGAGAACUGGGUAUGCCUCAAUCUUCCAUUUCUGUGUUACUAGCUCAUUACAUUCAUGUUGUGAUGCACGAGCAUAAAAAGUUUGGUGAAGUUGUGGGUGAGGUUAAGGAAAUGGGAUUUAAUCUGGAAAGUUCGAAUUUCGUGUUUGCACUAAACGCAUUGUGUGGUAGGAACAGUAAGUCAAUAUGGAAACGCAGUCGAGAAGUUUAUAUGAGGUGGGGUUGGUCUGAGAAUGAUGUUCUCUCUGCUUUCAGGAAAAAUCCAGAGUUUAUGAUUAUGUCGGAGAAGAAAAUAAUGCGAGUAAUGGAAUUUUUAGUGAAUAAGAUGGGAUGGCCGUCAGGAAUGAUUGCCAAACACCCGUGGGUUAUGCGUCACAGUUUGGAGAAGAGAAUAAUCCCAAGGUGUUUGGUUGUUAAAGUUUUGUGUUUGAAAGGUUUGAUAGAUGAAAACUUGAGUUUGGGAUAUGUGAUUCAACCUGACGAGAAGCUCUUCGUGGAGAGGUUUGUGACCAAAUAUCAAAAUGAAGUACCUCAGUUGUGGAAUGUGUAUCAAGGGAAAGUUGAAAUCGAGGAUGUAUGAUCUUGAUAAGUUGAUGCUUCAUCACUCACUUGUAUCAGAUUGCUUUGGCACAAUAUUAUAAGGAGACCAGAUCAAUAAGGCAUCAAAACGCUGGGUGUGUUAGCCUUUUCUGAUGAGAACUUAAUGGUGAAGAACACAAUAUAGUCAGUGCUUGUGGCGGUUGAUUGGGUUUUUAAAGUUUAAAAACCCGGCUUUGAGGGAUGUGUAAUGAAGGGUGAUUUGGAAAUUGGUAUUUUUGGGGAUGAAUCUAUUCAGUAAGCCGCUGGAGGUUUGCUGAUCUCAAGAGAAUGUUAGUUCGUUGGAUGAUGGUUUUGUGAUCAUUACUUUGCCCCUAAUUUGGCGGACAGUGAAUUCUUUGCCUUGCAUAUCAAUUGGAGGUGCACGUAUUCUUAUGCCCUUCUUUGAAUUUGUCACGUUCUUCAAGUAUUGCUGUCUACGCAUAUCAGUAGACUACAUUUCUAUCAUCGAGUCCUUGUAGUAUUGAAGUUCUCUAGAAUGGAUUUGGAGAAUUUUCUGUAUGGAGAGGAUUUGCCAUUCGAUGCUCAGAAUUUGGAGAAUGCGAAUAAGAUUUUGAAUCAGAACAAAUAAGGUCUUGAAGCUAAAAUAAAGGUGAAUGAAUCAUCAGCUGGAGACUUGCUCUUGAUAGUUAGCUUGCUUUUCUGUGGGGCCAUGAGCUUCUAAUUUCACAAGGCUAUCUACUUGGCCCUGUAGCAUAGGUGAGGCUCCAACGAUUCUUAUCUGCAUUGAGUAGUUUGGAGAUGCUGUAAUGUAGUGGUAGGGUUCAUGUGACUUGAAUUAUCUUCAUGGAGGAGGAGGAAGUUGGGUUAAGGCAACAUAGGUCGCCUUUGGAAGCGUAGCUGCAUUCUUAUUGCAUGUCUACAGAUAUGUACUACCAUCUGCACUAUGCAUCCAGCCUAAAGCAGACAUCUUUGCAUUUGUACAUAUGAAUAUAGAUAAGUCAGAAGCAGACAUCAUCCUUAGUAGACACAAGAAGAGAUUUAUAACACUCUGACUUGUGUGGUAUCGGAUGUUUUUAAAUUUCGAAUUUGCAAUGGCAUGGAUGUAAUGCCCUGAUUACUGGUUUUAUGACUCACUGAAUUGAUGUUAUUUCCUUCCUGCAGAUAUUACACACUUUUGUAACAUCUUGCUAGACAACUUUCUCUUUCUUUAAGGUGGUCUGUCGUUGAAAUAGAUUGGGGAAUAUACGAUGUUAUUUUAGUUUA